AAUGAAUCAAAUAAGCUCUCCGACAUCUCCACUCCCCCAAAACAAUCCAUUCUAUACAUCCUUAUUUAAGACCCUCUCUUGAAUGAAAAGUGUGGUAGAGAGACCAGAAAUAGAUUUGAAUCAAUCAAUGGAUUUGAAUCGACCAAUAGAUUUCACCUCAAGUCCAUCUCCACAAGUGCACAGCUUCAUGCCUGAUAUGCCUUCUUUUAUGCUGCCUGUUCAGGACCAUCAGGAAAGCGAAAAGGUUGCUGAAGAGGAUGCAUGUCUCAUGCAAGUACAUAAGAAGUUUUUAGAGUUGUUCUGGCAUCAACAAAUGUUUGAGAUUUAUAAUACUCCAGUGUUUAAGAGCCACCAUCAACUACCUUUUUCGAGAAUCAAAAAGAUCAUGAAAUCCAAUAGAGAAGUGAAGAUGGUCAGCGCAGACACUCCUAUUGUGUUCUCCAAAGCCUGUGAGCUUUUCAUUCUUGAACUCACAGUUCGUGCGUGGCUGCAAACUGAAAAGAGUAGAAGGCGAACAAUACAGCCUUUUGAUAUCGCCCAGGCCGUUAGGCUGGAUGACCAUCUUAAUUUCUUGGUUGAUGUCGCUUCAUUGGAUCAAGAGCAUUACAAUAAGGAAGAGGGUUCUGAAAAAGAAUCAGAACAAACUGAAUCUCUUACUGCUGAAUCACUGAAUCUUCCUAUGAUGACCAACGUUGGUGAAUUGUUCAUGACCAAUCCAGAACUGUCGGGACCAUAUAUGUUUGCACCAUCAAUGUCAUGUGCCGAACUAGAGAAUGAUCCUCGUUCCAAGUGACAAAUCCAUCGAAAGCAAAGAAAAGCAAACUGUUGAACCUGAUGCAAGAGAAGAUUACUGGAUGGGAAAGAGGCAUCUUAGCUCGUAGACACCACCAUCUUAUAGCAAAUUACAUAAAUGGAUACAUAUUGAUGCAUGUUUGACUUCUUCUUUUUUUGGGUAAAAAUGUUUGACUUUUUAUGGAUGAUAGUAUAAGAACCU